AUGGCGGAUAUCCAAUACGCGGACAAGGACACGCGCACAUCAUCGGACGGCAGGAAGCAGCGGUAUAGGGAGGCACCGGGCAAGCUGGCAGCAGCAGUGGCGGCGUUUAAUGAAGCGCAGCCGCCCCUGAGGUACGGCGUCGCCCCUAAGGAAGAAGAGAGCAGAGCAGAGAGCAGAGCAGUGAGCAGGGCAGAGAGCAGAGCAGAGAGCAGGGCAGAGAGCAGGGCAGAGAGCAGAGGAGAGCAAAGGAAAGCAGAACACAGAGCAGGGCAGAGAGCAGAGCAGAGAUCAGGGCAGAGAGCAGAGCAGAGCAAAGGAAAACAGAACACAGUGCAGGGCAGAGAGCAGAGCAGAGAGCAGGGCAGAGAGCAGAGCAGAGCAAAAGAAAGCAGAACACAGAGCAGGGCAGAGAGCAGAGCAGAGAGCAGGGCAGAGAGCAGAGCAGAGAGCAGAGCAGAGAGCAGAGCAGAGAGCAGGGCAGUGAGCAGAGCAGAGCAAAGGAAAGCAGAACACAGAGCAGGGCAGAGAGCAGAGCAAAGGAGAGGAUGGCUACCCCCUGUGUGCCCCUCCUCCCCUCUUUCCCCCAUCCCCCACUCUCUCCUCCAUGCUCGCGCAGUGCAGUGUGCAGUGGUGACGCUGGGCGAUAUAGUGGACGGGAGGGACACGGAGGAGGCCACUGUGGAGGACUUUAGAGUUGUGCUGGGGGAACUGGCCAAGGUGCGGAGCUACUGCUGUCUGUCCCUCCCUCCCUCCCUCCCUCUCCCUCCCUCCCUCCCUCCCUCCCUCCCUCCCUCCCUCGCCUCCUUCCCUCCCUCUCCCUCCCUCCCUCCCUCUCCCUUUCUCUCCCUCCCUCCCUCCCUCUCCCUCCCUCCCUCCCUCUCCCUCCCUCCCUCCCUCCCUCCCUCCCUCCCUCCCUCCCUCCCUCCCUCCCUCCCUCCCUCCCUCCCUCCCUCCCUCCCUCCCUCCCUCCCUCCCUCCCUCUCCCUCCCUCCCUCUCCCUCCCUCCCUCCCUCGCCUCCUUCCCUCCCUCUCCCUCCCUCCCUCCCUCUCCCUUUCUCUCCCUCCCUCCCUCCCUCUCCCUCCCUCCCUCCCUCCCUCCCUCCCUCCCUCCCUCCCUCCCUCCCUCCCUCCCUCCCUCCCUCCCUCCCUCCCUCCCUCCCUCCCUCCCUCCCUCCCUCCCUCCCUCCCUCCCUCCCUCCCUCCCUCCCUCCCUCCCUCCCUCCCUCUCCCUCCCUCUCCCUCCCUCCCUCCCUCCCCCUCCCUCCCCCCCUCCCUCCCUCCCUCCCUCCCUCACUCCCUCACCACAACUGUACCCACUGCCCACCAUCCCGUGCACCUCCAAGCGGCGCCUUGCAGCCUUCCCAUCUCGCCCAGCCUUAUGCUCAUGCCAUGUGUGACUAUGCUUGCUUAUGCCCCCACACCACACCCGCCCACAUCCUCCUGCCUGCCUCUCCCCCAUCUCGCACCCACCCAGCUGCACGUGUCCCCACUGCACCACGCCAUUGGCAAUGCAACUGCUGCGUCUACGUACCAACCAGGCUCUUCCAACCAACCUCUUGCUCCCUCCCACACCUGCCCACAUCCUCCCUGCAGCUGCACGUGCCCCCACUGCACCACGCCAUUGGCAACCAUUGUCUCUACGUGCCUAAUGUCCUCAUUCUCUCCUUUCUCUCUGCUCCCUCUCACACCCUUCCUUCCUUCCCCCCAUCCUCCCCCCAGCUGCACGUGUCCACAGUGCACCACGCCAUCGGCAACCACUGCCACUACAUGCCAACCGGUGUCUUCCAACCUUCAACUGCACGUGUCCCCACUGCACCACGCCAUCGGCAGCCACUGUCCUUACAUGCCAAUGGCCUCUUCCAACCCCCAAAUGCAUACUCCCACUCCUUCCUCUGUGCUCGCUCCCACACCUUCCAGCUGCACGUGUCUCCAGUGCAUCACGCCAUCGGCAACCACUGUCUCUACGUGCCGCGCUCCACUCUCCUGCCCAGUCUGAAUCUCGCCUCCCCUUUCUACUCCGCUGCCCUCCCCAACCACUGGAAACUCGUAUGCGCCCCUCCCCGCCUCUGCUGCCCCUCCCCGCCUCUGCUGCCCCUCCCCGCCUCUGCUGCCCCUCCCCGCCUCUGCUGCCCCUCCCCGCCUCUGCUGCCCCUCCCCGCCUCUGCUGCCCCUCCCCGCCUCUGCUGCCCCUCCCCGCCUCUGCUGCCCCUCCCCGCCUCUGCUGCCCCUCCCCGCCUCUGCUGCCCCUCCCCGCCUCUGCUGCCCCUCCCCGCCUCUGCUGCCCCUCCCCGCCUCUGCUGCCCCUCCCCGCCUCUGCUGCCCCUCCCCGCCUCUGCUGCCCCUCCCCGCCUCUGCUGCCCCUCCCCGCCUCUGCUGCCCCUCCCCGCCUCUGCUGCCCCUCCCCGCCUCUGCUACCCCUCCCCGCCUCUGCUACCCCUCCCCGCCUCUGCUGCCCUACCACUGCUACUCCCCCUCACCACCCCUGUUGUAUCUCAUGCUCGACUCAUUGGACGUCAGCCUAAAGUGGCCCUGCGGCUCGCUCCCCUCCUCUCUCUCGUGCUCGACUCCAUGGACGUCAGUCUCAAGUGGCCCUGCGACUCUGAGAACUAUCAGGGGCAAAGAGGGCAAGGGGCAGAGAGGGCAAGGGGCAGAGAGGGCAAGGGGCAGAGAGGGCAAGGGGCAGAGAGGGCAAGGGGCAGAGAGGGCAAGGGGCAGAGAGGGCAAGGGGCGGAGAGGGCAAGGGGCGGAGAGGGCAAGGGGCGGAGAGGGCAAGGGGCGGAGAGGGCAAGGGGCGGAGAGGGCAAGGGGCGGAGAGGGCAAGGGGCGGAGAGGGCAAGGGGCGGAGAGGGCAAGGGGCGGAGAGGGCAAGGGGCAGAGAGGGCAAGGGGCGGAGAGGGCAAGGGGCGGAGAGGGCAAGGGGCGGAGAGGGCAAGGGGCGGAGAGGGCAAGGGGCAGAGAGGGCAAGGGACAGAGAGGGCAAGGGACGGAGAGGGCAAGGGGCGGAGAGGGCAAGGGGCGGAGAGGGCAAGGGGCGGAGAGGGCAAGGGGCGGAGAGGGCAAGGGGCGGAGAAGGCAAGGGGCGGAGAGGGCAAGGGGCGGAGAGGGCAAGGGGUGGCAGCAGAGGCGUUUCUGGAGGCGCGGAGGGCGGAGGGGCAGGAGGGGGGGCACCUGGAGCUGUCUCCUUUCACAAUUCUCCCCCACCAGCCUCACGACUUCUUCCCCUUUCUGCUCCUCAUCUCCACUUCUUUCCCCCUCCCCCUUCCCUCCCCUGUCUCCUUUUCUCUCCGCUCUCCCCCCCCCUGCCCUCUCUCCCGGCCAGGCAGCAGAGGCGUUUCUGGAGGCGCGGAGGGCGGAGGGGCAGGAAGGGGGUCACCUGGUGCCGUGGAAUGGCGCAGUGGGGCGUGCUCAGAUGGCGUGGCUGGUAGAGGAGCUGAGACACGCGGAGGAGUGAGUGUUUGGGGGAUGGAUUCAGCGGGAAAGGGGAUAUGGAACGGUUCAGUGGGGCGCACACAGAUGGAAAGUGCUACUAGAGGAGCUGAGACAUGCGGAGGAGUGAGUGGGAGGAAAGGGGGGGGGAAGGGAAGGGGGAAGGGUGGGGGAGUGGUUGGGGGAAGGAGAUUGGGAACUGGAAGGGAAUGA